AUGUCUUCGAAACAGAUUGGUCCUGUUACCAGGGCCUGGUACAAGUGGAAAGCUCUCCGCCUACCAUGGCGGAAACGUUUCCUCAUGGGUUCGUUGACGACCUUCCUCUCCAGCCCCCAUGACUAUCUCACUUACACACCACCAGGUUUUGAUCUCCAAGGGAACACAUACUGGGAGUUUCGACUUGUGCGCGGCGCCGAGAGUCGUGAGCGCUGGCGGCGAAUUGUUCAAUAUCCAGGAUCGACACAUCUUUCUUUUGUAAAGGUUAGCCCGAUGUGGCAUCAAUGGUUACGACACACACGAGAGGAACCUCCGACAAUUGAAGAACAGCAGGACGACGUCGUCCGCCAGGCGAGAAUGAAGACACUUGCUGCUCAGGCAGAUGCUCGAUGGGAGGCCAAACCGCGGGUUAUGGAAGCACCACAGGCUGCUCCGGCACCUUUGCUGCAACCAGCCAAUGCCAGCCCCUUGGGACAGGAUGGCAAAACUGUCCAGGCCGAUGCGGGCGCGAAAAAUAUCAAAGAUGAGGUCGAAAAGAAGGAUGACCCUUGGGCAAAGGCCAAGGCGAGUGCACCAGGCGAGACAUGGCAGCCUUCUGCUUGGACUCCUCCGGCAACCAAGAGGCGUUGA